ACACUUGGUUAUCAGCUAGACACUAAAACAAAGAGCAAUUUAUCUCUUUUGCUGCCGAUUAAUUCGAGCUUGAUUUUGAGAAAUGGCAGCUCUGAGCUUCGAACUGCUGGCUUUUAUCUUCGGCCUCUUAGGAAAUAUUAUAUCCUUUCUGGUUUUCCUGGCACCCUUGCCAACCUUCUACCAGAUCUACACGAAGAAAUCAUCUGAUGGAUUUCAAUCAAUACCGUAUUCAGUAGCCCUCUUCAGUGCCGCCUUACUCUUGUAUUAUGCCUUUCUCAAGACCAACGCUUAUAUGAUCGUAAGCAUCAAUGGCAUUGGAUGUGUUAUUGAAUCAAUCUACCUCUUCCUCUAUGUGCUCUAUGCAUCCAAGAAAUCUAAGGUGUUCACAAUCGGGCUGGUGCUUAUAUUCAACGUGGGGGGCCUCGGUGUCAUCGUGCUGUUCUCCCUGCUCCUGGUAGAGGGACCUGACAGAGUCACACUGGUCGGAUGGAUAUGUGCUGCAAUCAACAUUGCUGUUUUUGCGGCUCCUCUAAGCAUCAUGAAACAAGUGAUACAGACAAAGAGCGUAGAGUUCAUGCCGUUCACUCUCUCAUUUUUCCUCACUUUAUGUGCCACCAUGUGGUUCUUCUACGGAUUUUUCGUUAGAGAUUACUACAUUGCUUUACCAAAUGUACUGGGAUUCCUACUUGGUUUUGCUCAAAUGAUGCUCUACUGCAUAUACAAGAACGCGAAGAAGGAAAGUGUUUAUGAACUCGACGAGCUCAAGGCCAAGAACAAAGGCCAGUCUGCCGAAGGGAAGCUCUAUACGCCAACCAAGAUCCAUAAGGCCGAUAGUAUCAACGGAAAAGAACUGGAACUGCACCAGGUCGUGGUUUCGACAGCACCAGAUCAUAAUUAACUUUUUUAACACGCUAAGUACGUAAUUAUCAUGUAUGACUAAAGUUUUAAUUUGUCAUUGUUCUUAGUUAGAAUCUGAGCGAUAUUAAAGGUCAUCCGACCUGUUGUAUGAGCUUUACAAUAAACACUGUCGAAAAUAUGAUCUGAUGAUUAACAGGUAGCCCAAAUUGUUCAGUUUCUC